AUGACGGACGAGGGUUUAGAGAGGGAAAAUGGCGGAUUAACGUCUAUGGAAUCGAUUGAGUCACGGUGGGUAUUUCAGGACGAGGAUGAUUUGGAUAUCGAUAGUGGUGAUCGAGAUACUGUGGAUGGAGAUGAUGAUUCGACAACAUGCAAUGGCAUGGAAUUGGAGUCUGAUGAUGAGGAUAAUGUGGAGCAGAAACUGAUCCGUACUGGUCCUCGUAUUGAUUCGUUUGAUGUCGAAGCUCUUGAAGUUCCCGGUGUUCAAAAGAACGACUUUGAGGAUGUCUCAGUGGGUAGAGCAAUCCUAUUGGCCUUUCAGACACUUGGAGUUGUUUUUGGCGAUGUGGGAACGAGUCCCUUGUAUACAUUUAGUGUGAUGUUUAGUAAGGCCCCAGUCAAUUGCAAUGAAGAUGUUCUUGGUGCAUUAUCUCUGGUUUUAUAUACUUUGAUCCUCAUUCCCUUGGUUAAAUAUGUCCUAAUUGUUGUUUGGGCCAAUGAUGACGGUGAAGGUGGUACCUUUGCUUUGUACUCAUUGCUUUGUAGGCAUGCAAAGGUUAAUCUUCUCCCCAAUCAACUACGGUCAGAUGCUCGCAUAUCAAGCUUUAGACUGAAGGUUCCAUCUCCAGAACUUGAGAGGUCCUUAAAAAUAAAAGAAAGACUAGAAGCUUCAUUGACAUUGAAAAAGCUUCUUCUGAUGUUAGUUCUUGUUGGCACUUCAAUGGUGAUUGCUGAUGGUGUUGUUACACCUGCUAUGUCAGUAAUGUCUGCUGUUGGUGGCUUAAAAGUUGGACUUUCUGGGGUUACGCAAGAUCAAGUAGUGAUGAUCUCGGUGGCAUGUCUUGUAAUUCUCUUCAGCGUACAGAAGUAUGGGACAAGUAAAGUGGGUCUUGUAGUUGGCCCAGCUUUGUUUAUAUGGUUUUGUUCCCUGGGUGGUAUUGGUGUCUACAACCUCAUUAAGUAUGAUUCUCAUGUUUGGAGGGCAUUUAAUCCUGUUCACAUGUACUAUUAUUUCAAGCGCAACUCAGCAAAGGCCUGGUACUCUCUUGGUGGCUGUCUUUUGUGUGCAACAGGUUCCGAGGCAAUGUUUGCAGACCUUUGCUAUUUUUCUGUAAGAUCAGUUCAGCUUACAUUUAUGUUCCUUGUGCUUCCGUGCCUUCUAUUGGGAUACCUUGGUCAAGCUGCUUACCUGAUGGAGAACCAUGCCGACACAACACAAGCUUUCUUCUCUUCUGUGCCAAGUGGAGCUUUCUGGCCUGUCUUCUUGAUUGCCAAUAUAGCUGCUUUAAUUGCCAGUAGGGCAAUGACCACAGCGACCUUUUCGUGCAUUAAACAAUCCACAGCUCUAGGCUGCUUCCCUCGCCUCAAGAUUGUUCAUACGUCCCGGAAGUUCAUGGGUCAGAUUUAUAUCCCAGUCAUGAACUGGUUUCUUCUGGCGUUGUCUUUGGUGUUGGUCUGCUCUAUCUCAAGUAUAUACGAGAUCGGAAAUGCUUAUGCCAUAGCAGAGCUUGGAGUGAUGAUGAUAACAACAAUAUUGGUUACAAUUGUUAUGCUUCUGAUAUGGCAGAUCAACAUCUUAGUUGUGCUAAGUUUUAUCAUUAUCCUCUUGGGAUUGGAGUUAACAUUCUUCUCAUCUGUUUUAUGGAGUGUGGGAGAUGGAAGUUGGAUUAUACUUGUUUUUGCUGUUGUCUUGUUCCUGAUUAUGUACAUCUGGAAUUAUGGAAGCAAGCUGAAGUAUGAAACUGAAGUCAAGCAAAAGAUGUCUAUGGAUUUGUUGCGCGAAUUGGGCCCCAACCUUGGAACUAUAAGAGCUCCUGGAAUUGGCUUGCUUUACAAUGAACUAGCAAAGGGAAUACCGGCCAUAUUUGGACAUUUUCUCACCACUCUACCUGCUGUGCAUUCGAUGAUUAUUUUUGUUUGUAUAAAGUAUGUUCCUGUUCCAGUUGUACCACAAAAUGAAAGGUUCCUGUUCCGGCGAGUCUGUCCCAGGAGCUACCACAUAUUCCGUUGUAUUGCCAGAUAUGGGUACAAGGAUGCUCGUAAAGAAAAUCACCACACUUUCGAGCAACUGCUCAUUGAAAGUCUUGAGAAGUUCAUACGCAGAGAAGCUCAGGAGCGGUCAAUUGAGAGUGAUGGUGAAUGUUCAGACUCUGAAGAAGAGUACUCCUACUCAAGGGUCCUUAUAGCUCCGAAUGGAAGUGUUUAUUCGCUAGGCAUUCCUCUCUUAGCUGAUUUUAGGGACACAGGAAAGGCAGUUAUGGAAGAAAGCACUUCAGAAGAGUUGAAACCUGGAACGUCUUCUGAGUCUUUAGUGUCUGAGGCAGAGCAAUCCCUUGAAAAGGAGCUCUCAUUUAUACGCAAGGCCAAAGAAUCUGGCGUGGUCUAUCUUCUUGGUCACGGAGAUAUUAGGGCAAGGAAGAAUUCAUGGUUCAUUAAGAAGCUUGUCAUAAAUUAUUUUUAUGCUUUCUUGAGAAAGAAUAGCAGAAGGGGAACUGCCAAUUUGAGUGUACCGCAUUCGCAUCUAGUGCAGGUCGGCAUGCAAUAUAUGGUGUGAGGUUUCUUUUUGUAUAGGUCCACAUAAAGGUUUUUUGGCAAAAUUUUUGGUUAUCUGUCAACUUGGCGUCAUGAUCUUACGUCAUAACCAUUGCCUGACCGUUUGAUGGAUGCACAGAUAUUGUUAUACGCCUGUGUUGGAUAUCGCAGGGUGGAAUUUUGGAUGUCCUUGUCUUAGAGCUUGGAAGAUUUGGCUUCUGGUGUAGUUGUAUAAUGGGUUCAUCAACUUACUUUGUUGGGUUGCGCAUGGGGCUGUUUAUUUCCAAGAUAUGGAAAUCCGUGUAAACUUGUAUGUUAGCUAAGUGAGAAACUAGACCAAAUUUACUUUUGCAAAACACAGGAAUUAGAUGUAUCGGAGUAGGAUAGACUCAACUUUACCGGACUGUAACUAAUUUAUGAUUGAUCAAAGUUGAUUGAUUCAUGUCCAAA